GAAGCGCUCCGCACACAUAAUAAAGAUGGAUGCUCCUAUUACGGUCCAUUCACUGCCCCCGGGCCGCACCGCGCUAUUUUCCAAAACGCAUUUCCUUCCUUUGGCCACGGCUCAGCCCUCCGGGAGCAGCUGGGGCCGAGGGGUGUGUGGCCACGGGUGUGGGCGGGGCUACUCUGGUGCCCGCCCCUCGAGGCGGGUGGGCGGGGCGAAGCGGGGCGCCCUGGCGCGCGCGCGCGCGCGGCGGCGGCCUCAGGUACGCGGACAAGAUGGCGGCGGUAGCGGUCGACAGCGCGAUGGAGGUGGUGCCGGCGCUGGCGGAGGAGGCCGCGCCCGAGGCGGCGGGCCUCAGCUGCCUCGUCAGCCUGCCCGGCGAGGUGCUGGAGUACAUCCUGUGCAGCGGCUCGCUGACGGCCGCCGACAUCGGCCGCGUCUCCAGCACCUGUCGGCGGCUGCGCGAGCUGUGCCAGAGCAGCGGGAAGGUGUGGAAGGAGCAGUUCCGGGUGAGGUGGCCUUCCCUUAUGAAACACUACAGCCCCACCGACUACGUCAAUUGGUUGGAGGAGUACAAAGUUCGACAGAAAGCGGGGUUAGAGGCCAGGAAGAUUGUAGCCUCCUUCUCAAAGAGGUUCUUUUCAGAGCACGUCCCUUGUAACGGUUUUAGUGACAUUGAGAAUCUUGAGGGACCAGAGAUAUUUUUUGAGGAUGAGCUGGUGUGUAUCCUAAAUAUGGAAGGCAGAAAAGCUUUGACCUGGAAAUACUACGCCAAAAAAAUUCUUUAUUACCUACGACAGCAGAAAAUUUUAAAUAAUCUUAAGGCGUUUCUUCAGCAGCCUGAUGACUAUGAAGCGUAUCUUGAAGGUGCGGUGUAUAUUGACCAGUACUGCAAUCCUCUCUCUGACAUCAGCCUCAAAGACAUUCAGGCCCAGAUUGACAGCAUCGUGGAGCUUGUUUGCAAAACCCUCCGGGGCAUAAACAGUCGCCACCCCAGCCUGGCCUUCAAGGCAGGUGAAUCCUCCAUGAUAAUGGAAAUAGAACUCCAGAGCCAGGUGCUGGAUGCCAUGAACUACGUCCUUUAUGACCAACUGAAGUUCAAGGGGAACCGAAUGGAUUAUUACAAUGCCCUAAACUUAUAUAUGCACCAGGUGUUGAUCCGCAGAACAGGAAUCCCCAUCAGCAUGUCUCUGCUCUACCUGACGAUUGCCCGGCAGCUGGGGGUCCCAUUGGAGCCUGUCAACUUCCCCAGUCACUUCUUACUAAGGUGGUGCCAAGGUGCAGAAGGGGCGACCCUGGACAUCUUUGACUACAUCUACAUAGAUGCUUUUGGGAAAGGCAAGCAGCUGACAGUGAAAGAAUGUGAAUACCUGAUCGGCCAGCAUGUGACCGCAGCGCUGUACGGGGUGGUGAAUGUAAAGAAGGUGUUACAGCGAAUGGUGGGGAACCUUUUAAGCCUGGGAAAGCGGGAAGGCAUCGACCAGUCGUACCAGCUCCUGAGGGACUCGCUGGACCUGUACCUGGCGAUGUACCCAGACCAGGUGCAGCUCCUCCUCCUCCAGGCCAGGCUCUACUUCCACCUGGGCAUCUGGCCAGAGAAGUCUUUCUGUCUUGUCUUGAAGGUGCUUGACAUCCUCCAGCACAUCCAAACCCUAGACCCCGGGCAGCACGGGGCGGUGGGCUAUCUGGUGCAGCACACGCUGGAGCACAUUGAGCGGAAGAAGGAGGAGGUGGGCGUGGAGGUGAAGCUCCGCUCCCACGAGAAGCACAGAGACGUCUGCUACUCCAUUGGGCUCAUUAUGAAGCAUAAGAGGUAUGGCUAUAACUGUGUCAUCUAUGGCUGGGACCCCACCUGCAUGAUGGGACACGAGUGGAUUCGAAACAUGAACGUCCACAGCCUGCCUCACGGCCAUCAUCAGCCUUUCUAUAACGUUCUGGUGGAGGAUGGGUCCUGUAGAUAUGCUGCCCAAGAGAACUUGGAGUAUAACGUGGAGCCUCAGGAGAUCUCGCACCCCGACGUCGGACGCUAUUUCUCGGAGUUCACAGGCACUCACUACAUCCCGAACGCAGAGCUCGAGGUCCGGUACCCGGAGGAUCUGGAGUCUGUCUAUGAAACGGUGCAGAAUAUUUACAGUGCAAAGAAAGAGAACGUGGAGUAAAGUCUAGGGGGACAUUGUACCUUUGCUGCUGCUGCUAUUUUCCAAGAGAACAGGAUUCCGGAUGGAGACGCCUCCACGGAUCCCUCUGGAUUCACACCACCAGGAAAGCCACUUAACCAGUAGUGCUGGUUGCCUCCUACUAAGUUUAAACCACGUGUGCUCUCCUCCAGCUGCAAAGACAAUGUUGCUCUCCGCCUACACUAGUGAUUCAUUGAAAGGCACUGUGUUCAGUGGCAUGGCUUGUACGCGUGUCCUGUGGUGACAGUGUGUGACAUGCUGUCUUCAUGACAUCUCACAGUUGACCCUCUCAUAACCAUUCUUUUUCUUCACUUCCCAUGGUGUCUGUCCGCGUCAUCUCAGAACGUUUCGUUUGCCGGGCAGGUGGGGUGUCUGUUUGCAGUCAUUUCCCUCUGAUUUCUCUGUGGAACGUGUACGCUCCUCAGUCAGGAUUGUCUGUCCUUUACCCUGAGUUCAGUGCUUCUUCAGGGCUGAGGCUCUAAGUGAUCUUGGCAGCAUCUUGGAUCUGGAGUCAUUAACAAGCUAAUGGUAAUCAGAAUCAUUUGAAUUUAUUUUUUUCUAAUGUUUGAAACAGAUUUCAGUCAUUUAUCCUUUUCUUUAUUUGAAUUGAGAGAAUGACAGUUUUGCCUUCCAGAUUCGUCUCUUGGAUUUACGCUCAUAUCUCUACGAAUCACUAGUUUUCUAUUUUAUUACAUAAAAUUCUUUGAGAAAAUGCAUAAUAAUAGCCUUUGUGAAUGGGGUUUUCCACAUUCAUCUACUAUUCCUCCCUUUAAAGUGUUUUUUUUUUUUAAUCUACUCCAGUAUCAUAAGUAGAUCUUAAGUCAGCGUUGAGUUCUCUUUGUAGUAGGAAAUACAAUCUGCUGUUAAAAUGUCUGCUUUUAGAAACCGUACUCUGUGGUCUCUGAAGACCAAUGAGGUUUCACUUUUAUAACCAGAGAAAAGAAGAAAUAACGAAACUUAGACGUUAAGAAGGAAAGGAGAGAUUUCAUGCUCCCUGUCCUUCCUUAGAAUCACUUCAGGACCUUUUUGAAUGUUGGGGUAGAUAUGGAAUAUCUCGUUUGAAGAGCGUGUGCUCUGUGGGGAAGGAGAUGCAAGUGUGGCCCGUGUUCUCGAGUCACCGUUGCCGUGAAAGCACUGGGAGGAAGUCUGUGCUCAAGCCCCCGGGGAGGCCGGCUUCAUAUCCGGGUUCCGCUGGCACCGACCCUUUCCGUGUUCGUGGUACCUCAGCGUGAAGGUACCGAGUCUUAACGCGGCUCUGGACUCCCUCCGUUCUUGAUCCGCCCCUUCUCCAGCGGGCUGACCUUGUAGUUAACCAGUAGGCACUAACUUCUGGAGUCAGGACCUAGUUACUUUACUCUCUUAAGUUUAAAAGAUUCCAGUCGCUCUCGUGAAUGAGGCUUCGGGGCGCGGUCCAGCCGCGCCUCGCUGCCUGUCCAUUUGCAUGCAGUAUUGUCACACCCUGUUUGAUGACUGCCUCUUAUUUACGCUUCGGAAACCCUGGGAUGACCGAGGUUUGGGGACACCACCCGAGACCACUCACUAGCAAGUGAUGGCUGGUGAGCGGUUACUCGAAAGCGGUGGGGAUUUGGCUAGCCGGCUCCCUGCAGCCGCAGUCAGCUCCGGUCCAGGGCCCGUAUUCCUCGUCUGUCCAGUCCAGAGUCAGGUGAUUUGGACUCGCAUUUGAAAUUGUGACCACUCACAGCCCCCGGCCUGCCGCUUGAGGUUGGGGGUUUUACACUACUCUCAUUUAAAGGUGAAGAUUAGAUACGAUGGCAUUAAUAUUCAUGAGAUGCUUAACUAAGAAUCUGUGACGCAUGCUGAGACUUAUAAUUGUUGGUUUUCUGGUUUGAUUUCCUUUUUUUUUUUAGCGUAACAUCGAAGCCAGGAAAGAUGGUUUUUCCUUUACUGACCCAAUGUAAAUAUGUAUCUAGACCGUUUCUAACUGUCUCUUCAUGAAUGCUUCGUUUGGCUUCAGGAAGCCUGUGUCACCUGUGUAAGUUGGUCUUUGGGCACUUUAUAUUUUUCUAAAAACGUGUUUUGGAUCCUGUACUCUAAUAAAUCAUAAGUUUCUUUUUAAAAUUUUUCCAAACGUUUUCUCCACUUUAAAAACCCCUGUUAUAAAAGUAGAACUUUCACAAUGUUGAAAUAUUAAAUAUUUGGAUAUAGUAACUUCUUUUCUCCUCAAAUGAAUGCCAAGGUUUUUUUGUACAAUGAUUAAUAAAUGGAACUUAUCCAGAGAAACCACACAAAUGGCCUGCCGGGUUUCGUUCCAGAACAGAAAGCCCAGUCGUGACAACAGCAGAAUCCCUCCCAGUUCUCAUUCUGAUUGAAAUAUGCAAAAAUUUGCUCUACUGAAUUUUUCUUAACAUCAGUGAACGAACAGGGUGCCUUUAUACUAAGAUUUCCCUGCCAAAUGUUAAUUUUAUGAGCUGGCUAGUCAUCUUGAGAGUGUCUGGUUGUAAUGUAAAGAUGGCAGCCUUUUAAUUAUGUCAAGUGUUGUAAAGUGAGAGUUGCAGAUGCUUUGAGGGAAACCCAGGUUCUUAGUGUGUCGUUAAUGCUGACCCAAAAGCUGCACACACUCGGCGUGUCCACAGCAUCCCGCCAAGCGCCACUUCCCCAUGCUGUCGCACCUGUGCUGUCGCAUACAACACGGAAAGAGGUGGUCACGGCUGAGCAGUCACCAGUUUCACGCACUGCAGUGUUUCUCAGAGCCUUUCACAUGCUGUUGUACAUUGUGACUGUCCGGGAGGGGAGUGCAGUCAUGUCUUCCCAACAUCUGAGGCCCUAGAACUUUCCUCCCCCAACACACCCGCAUACACAGAGCAUCCCCGAGGCCCAGGGUUUGCAGACGUGCUUUGGGAAACACUGUCUCAGUGAGACGUCAGUUAUGCCCAAACCUAGUCCACGUCACCAGCAGACCAGUCUUGCCAAGCAUCUCGUUUCAAAACAGGAUCCAUCUAAUGGGAUUUUGAAAGGCUGGCUUUGUGGUGUCUGUGUCCACGCCUCGUAAUAGAUCUCCAUUAAAAGUGCAUUUACACUGCAAAAUCAUGUUAUUUCGAAAAUCAGCAUUAACUCUUGCUCAAUCCGUUUUUUUCUGAUAUCCACUUAAAGUCUUAUUCUACUUCUAAUGUCUGAGUCUUUCUUAAUGUAGUAAACUGAGUCACGCUUUUGUGUCCUGGGCUCUGGUCCACUACCACGAGGCCCAUUUGCUGUAAAGUGGCGGGGAAUGUAUCUUUCCCUUCAUCCAUGUUCCAAGCUAGUGAAAUUGGACUGCCAGCAGCCUUUUUGUUGAAAAGUGUCUUGUGGCCAUAAUUAUCAGCUGUAGCUCUUCAUGUUUUUUGUUUGUUUUUUGGAGGGAAGGAGAGACUGUUCACCUAGAAGAAAUGCAGAAUUUGGCUCUGUGACAGUUUGGUUUUGGAGACAUUAACAGCAAUGUCGCAUGUAUUUCCUUGUAUCGCGUGCUUACUUCAAGCCCAGGCACCGGCCUCAACUGUAUAACCCUCACAGCAACCCUGUAAGACGCGGGCCGGGCAGUGAGUAUUUUUGUGGGCUGCAUAAGGUCUCUGUCACAUAUUCUUUGGUUUGAAAAGUGUUAAAAAACAUCCUUAGCUUAAGAGCUGUGAAGAAACAGGCCAUAGGCUGGAUGGGGCCUGCUGGCCUGUGGGCUGUAGUCCACUGACCCCUGCUGAGGUGUAGGCCCGCCUCGUUCCCUGAGUGGACUGCUCGCAGGUGGGGAACCUGGCCCUGAACCCAGGGACCUGACCUCUGAGCUCAGCUCCCCGCAACCACACUGCCGACAGCCUCAGCAACUACCUCGCAAAUGUCUUUACCCUUUGCCUUGCUGCAACCUUAACUUCUUGCGUUUCAGUUCUGAGAAUUUAGAGUCUUGAGAGAAAAGAACAUUCCUUCGGUGAAUAAAAUUUAUGUGCAAUUCCAGAAGAAAUGUAUUAUGGCCAUUUAGCAAUGAUUGUAUUAGGGUAAUGCUAGUUCUGUAAUAAAUAGACCCAAAAAUGUACG